CUCCGGCUGCCAUUGGCAGGGUGAGCACUGCAGCACGGCCUGGGGCUCUCCGCCCCCGGGAAUAAGAAGCCAGAGAGACCCUGGAGCGCCUGGCCACAUCGCAUUGCUGUGCCGCAGCCACAUCGCAUUGCUGUGCCGCAGCCCCGCUGCCAGCAGGAAGGGCCACGCUGUGACCAUGUCUGAGCUGGAGAAGGCCAUGAUCGCCAUCAUUGAUGCCUUUCACCAGUACUCAGGGAAGGAGGGGGACAAGCACAAGCUGAAGAAAUCAGAACUGAAGGAACUCAUUAACAAUGAGUUGACCCAUUUUCUUGGCGAGAUCAAAGACCAGGAGACUGUGGACAAAGUCAUGGAGGCGCUGGACAGCGAUGGAGACGCAGAGUGUGACUUCCAGGAAUUUGUAGCCUUCAUUGCCAUGGUCACCGCUGCUUGCCAUGAGUUCUUUGAGCAUGAGUGAGCUGCUGGGAAGCAGGUGAGCACCUCCUGCUCAUGCUGGAGAGAUGCAGAGCAGCGUUGCUCCUCCGGGAAAAAGACUGGGUGCGAUUAGGGGCUCCUUGGAGUUAAACUUGUGCUAGAUUUUAAGCAGCUUAUUAAGUUCUGCAGCUUUGUGAACAAGAAACACCUGCACGGCUCAGAAAAGCUGAUGUGGUGUCAAACGCCUUGUCUCACGCUCCUUCCCUGCUGCUCUGUGCAAGGGAUGUGCACGGCGCUGGAGGCAGGCAGACGCUGUGAUCAACGCUUGCUUGCAAAGGGAAAAGGGAAGGUCAAAGGCUGAAGGAGGUGAUGCAGAGGGGCUGGUUACAGGAGCCUGGUUCUGAGCCCACUGGGCUGAAUGGAAAGUCUCCCGUUGAUCCCCAUGAGCUCUGACCGCCCUGUGCAUGGUACUAACCCAGGUGGCACAGUCUCUGUCCCAUCACAGGGGCUCAGCAGAGCUCAUGCAUUUCUUGGCAAAUUGAGACACCCUAGGCUUGAAAGGCAAAGCAUAACCAUCUAACAGCCCAGGCUUUUCUCUUGUUGAUGAAUCCUCCUGCUUUUAGCAGCCUGUAGAACUGGAAGCAACAGUGUAUGAGUCUCUUGGGCUGGGGACAGCUUCUGGGCCGAGGAUGUGCCUGGGCAAGGUCUCCAGGCUCAGCACAAGGGAAGGGGGGAUCCACCCGGUGUGAUCACAGUGCGUUAACACAGACCAGGCACAGCCUCCAGAGUGUGUGGAAACGGUGAGAAUAAAAUGUUGUUUUGGUCUCUAGGCCAUAAUUGGUC